AUGGAGAAGAACGGUUUGGCGAUGUACAGUGCUACCAUGUGUGCUGCCAUGACAGCGCCUCGCGUCGUCCUUAUGAUACUGAAUAAACUUGGGGAGGGUACCGCUGCCAAUGCCAUCACUGCGAGGCUCCCUAUCGAACUGAUUUGCCUUGUAAUCAGCUCUCUCAGUGACGCAGACGAUCUUCCCGCGACACUUUCAGCGUGCUCGCUCGUCUGUCGUAGCUGGAACGAGAUAUGCCGCCCUCAUAUCUUCCAUACCGUCGUCAUCGGCCGUGGGCGCUGGCGUUGGAAUACCGAUAGCAGGGUCUCCGUUCUCCUCCCCGCGCCCCAUCUCAGCGAGCAUAUACACAACCUCUCUUUGCAUAUUCCCUGUAUCGACUGCCUUGUCGACUGCCGGGAUCCGUAUCUCGUCGGACGAUUCAAGAAUCUACGCACCUUGCGGUUAGAGCAUGGUGAAGGCGGUGAUCUUCACCUGGGCAUGCAGCAUGGUGAAAUUGCUGCCCGCUUGCAGAGAUAUCAGCCGCCCACUUUCUCGCUUGUGCCGGCUCUACUCGCCGUCCCUUGCCUCCAGAAACUCACCCUUAGCGGGUGGACGUUUUUCGACUCCUCCAACCUAUAUCCACUACUCGAGCCAUGCUCGAAGACUCUUGAACACUUGUCGUUCGAGGCCACGUUUAUCCAGAACGAUGUUCAAGGGACGACCACACCUCCGUGUAUGAAUGCUCUACGCAGCCUCGCCUUCCCGCCGCUAUUCCACCCCCGCAUCGAAUGUCCACAUCUCCAGACCUUGUCCAUUCGAGUUGAAGACAGGGAGUAUUGGGUCCUGCCGCCAUGGAUUCCGAGCACAUUGCGCACGCUGACAUUGCACGCGACGCCUCGUGGCACUAUUCCAAAUCUUGGAGAAGACAUUCGUCCGUCAGACUUCACGCUCUACUUAUACGGAUCGUGCAGAUACUCCCGAUUCGUCAAUUGGGCUCGAAACUGCAUCAGUCGCCUCCCGUUUCCGGAGCACCUCCGUUGCCUUACAAUCGAUUUCAAGGUCGAGGCUACCUGGUCAGAUUGGAGUGUGCAUAUCCCUGAACGCAGAGAUUACGAAAAUCUCUCGCAGGUCCUCCAAAAGCUCCGGGAACGCUGCCCCUUAGAGCGUAUCGACUUGAACGUCACCGUCAAUGUCACUCUAAGUGGAGACCUCGCAGCAUCGGAUUGGAAGGACGAAACGAGGAGAGAGAGUCAGAGACAUAUAUCCGAGGAAGCGCAAAGCCCGUUGCUCGACAUCGACAUCCUCCACCUUGUUUACGUCAUGAAUCUGCAGCGCAAGAUAGGGGGCGAAGUUUUAUUAGCCGUGAAAUGGAGGAAGGGUUGUUAG